AUGGCGGCUCCCGUGCCCGGGCCGCUUUCGCUUUCGGGGAGCGCUCCGGCUUCGGAGGCUUCGGAGGCUUCGGAGGCUUCAUCUGAGGCCCGCUGGAGCGGAGCCCGGCGGAGCCUCGGUGCCCUCGGCCUCCCCUCGGCCGGCUUCGGGGAUCACAACGGUCGGGCGGGGCCCGGCCGGGCCCGCCGUGGGCCUCCCUCGGCGGCGGCCACGGACCCCUGCGAGGCGAGGCGCCAGGCGCCCUCAGGACCCCCGCAGGCCGCCGGGAGCCCUCGGGAGACACACCGGUCGGCGCCGGCCGUGGGGUCAACAGCGAGGGCCACGUCCCGCGGCCAGGGGCCGGAGGGGUCCCGAGGACCUCGGCCCUUGGCCCGUGACGGCCCCUCCCCGGCCCCAACCGCCACGGGAAUUAAGGCGUGGAUCCGGGCCCACUCGGGCCGAAGCACGGGUCCAAGCGACUCUCGAAGGCCCGCCCGCCUCCCGGGCCCACGGGAAGGGAGCCAGAAGCGGCGGGCGGUCGGCCUGAGGGUGACGGUGACGAGCCUCCACCGCCCGUCUCGGGUCGCCUUCGCCCCCCCGGCCCGCCGCCGGCCGCUAGCCUCUCCUGACCCCUGCAAGGAAGGCCCCGGCCGGCCUCAGCUCCAAAGGGCCAUCGCGGACGCCCUCGACUGCCCGGGGCCUCCGAGCCGGCUGCCAGUCCGCACGCCACCCCCCACCCCCACCGAGUGUCCGCUCCACGAGGCCUACCGGCCUCCCCGGGGCUUCCCUUCUGACCAUGAAGCCCAGGUCCGAACGCCCUCCACAAGCAGGCGGGAGCCACCCAGGACCACCAAGGGGGCACGCGCCGCCCGGGCAAGGAAGGGUCCGGCUCCCACACAAGUCGACCGCCCCGACGGUCGAUGGCGGGGCACGGGGCCGCGCCAAGGGAGGGCCACGCGGGCGUCCCCUAGCUCGGCGGCGGGCGCGGGGCCGGGCUUCGCGCCCGGCUCGCCCAUCAGAGUCCGGGCACGGGCCCCACGGCACCCCAGGGCGGGACCGGUGACAGAGGCUGCUGCGGGGGUACCCUGCCCGGGGGACCGCUCAGCCCUGCGGGACCUCUCAUCCCGCAGAGUCAGCGCGUCUCCGCCCACCUUGCCCACCCGGCUUGUCAAGCAAGAGCAGGCCAGCGAGCCAAGUCCUCCCUGCUCCUCGGUCUCGGUCUCGGUCUCGGGGCCAGGGAGACCCGGUUCCUCGCCCCUGGGCAGGUGCCCGAGCUCCGCGGGUGCCGCUGUGGCGCCGGGACCCAAAGGACGCGUGGACACCGCCUGGAUCUCAGGGGCCUUCCGGGAACCUGACGUGUGUGAGGAGAAGGGGCGACGGCGCCGGGGCGGGGGUGGUGGUGGUGGGGCGACACCCGAGGACGCUCGGGGACUGCUCGUGGACGCAGGGCGGAGGCUGAGGCCCUGGGGGAAGGGCCGGCUGGCAUUCGCGGUGCAAUACUGCCAUCAAGCGGAAAGUCCUCGGCGGAUCCGGGAGCCCAGCGCCGAGCUCUCUCUCCCGCGUGGAGGGGCCCCGGGGGUGACGUGGGAGUGCGGGGGGGGGGGAGACGGACGGGGACGGACGGGAUGGAGCGCCACGGAGGUCCGGGGUCCGGGGUCCGGGGGCCUGGGGGCCUGGCCGGUCGGGCCCGGGAAGCCCCAAGCCACGGCUCGGCUCGGGCCCCUCCCUGGUGGCCACCACGUCUGGGCGGGACUGGAGCGGGGUGACACAGCCACGCGGGCCGGGCCAGGGGGCGCCGGGCCUUUGGCCGCGUGCCCCUUCCCCCGGGAGCUAGAGCAGGAUCCGUGCGGCCUUUGGCCCUUUGGCCGCGUGCCCCCUGCAGCCCCGCCAACGACCCGCACGGGAACCUGGAGGGACCCGCACGGGAACCUGGAGGGCUGCCGCCACUGCUGCCAAGUCGAGGCCAAGCCGCCGCCAUCACUCCCCCUCCACCCCGCGCCCCGGGCCAGCCAGGCCUCUCAGCUCGCCCCGUUCCCCUUUCUGGGCCACCUUCUCCAACGUCCCACCACAGCCCUCAGGGCAAGCACAGUCGAGGAACGGCUGGGUGACUCCCGCCCCUGCAUCCCAAAGCCAACGCCUGCUCCCGAGCUGGUCAUCAAGGGACCAGCGUGGAGCGCGUGCCAGAAGCGCCAGGCGCCUCGGGAUGGGACUGCCAACGGCCCCUUCGGUCCCGGUCCCGCCGGGACGCUGGGACUUCACCCCCGGGCCCGUCCUGCCCUGGAAGCCAGCGGGCGGCGGCUCCGGGGAUCGCCAACGCGUUCCGCUUGA